AAACUCAAUAGUCAAUAUAAAAGGGGCAAACAAAACUGAAAAAGAAAGAAACUUGUUCAAAUUGGCCACCACUGAUAUAAAAAGGAAAACCAGUCUGCCAAUUAAUUUUUGCCUUUGCUAGGUCAUUACUCAUUCUUAACGAACAACUAUCCUCUGUUUUGUCUUCAGCACCAGCAUCGUCAACACGUUCAUCCAUCUUUCUCUCUCUAACUAUCACAACAAUGGGGAACUUGUUUUGCUGUAUCCAAGUUGACCAAUCCACAGUUGCUAUCAAGGGAAACUUUGGUAAAUAUGAUGAUGUGCUUGGACCAGGAUGCCAUUGUGUCCCUUGGUUCAUCGGUCAUCAGAUAGCAGGCAAGCUUAGCCUUCGUGUACAACAGUUAGAUGUGCGCUGUGAGACCAAGACCAAGGAUAAUGUCUUUGUCAAUGUUAUUGCGUCCAUUCAGUAUCGCGUCCUUGCUGAGAAUGCAAGUGAUGCAUUUUACAAGCUUAGUGAUACUCGCUCCCAAAUUCAAGCCUAUGUUUUUGAUGUGAUUAGAGCUAGUGUCCCAAGGCUACAUUUGGAUGAUGUAUUUGAGCAGAAGAAUGAUAUUGCCAAAGAAGUUGCUGAUGAACUCGAAAAAGUAAUGUGUCAUUAUGGCUUUGAAAUUGUUCAAACGCUCAUUGUUGAUAUUGAACCAGAUGAACGUGUCAAGCAGGCUAUGAAUGAGAUCAAUGCAGCUGCAAGAUUGAGGGUGGCUGCAAAUGACAAAGCAGAGGCUGAGAAGAUCUUACUGAUCAAAAAAGCCGAAGGAGAGGCAGAGUCCAAUUAUCUCGCAGGGCUGGGUAUCGCCAGGCAGCGACAGGCAAUUGUUGACGGUCUUAGAGAUAGCGUGUUGGGCUUCUCGGUCAACGUUCCUGGUACAAGUGCUAAAGAUGUUAUGGACAUGAUCCUUGUUACACAGUACUUUGACACUAUGAAGGAAAUUGGUUCAGCUUCCAAGACAUCAGCUGUCUUUAUCCCACACGGACCUGGUGCUGUGCGUGAUGUUGCAACGCAGAUCAGAGAUGGACUGCUUCAAGCAUCAUCAUCAUCUUAAGCUUAACUCCCAUCAUAAAUUUAAUAUACCACCUUGUGCAGAUAUGGUUUUGUGGCUUGAGAAUUCCAGGAUUUUUAUCAUGUAGUACAAUGUUGCUUGUAUAGAAAAUAAAUAAGAUAGCAGCAGAUCAGCUUUUGUGGAAAAGCAAGUAUCAUUAUUCAUUGUGGUUAUAUAUUGUCAGUAUAUAUAUUUGUUGUGUUCUCAAUUUCUCGCCUAUUGGCAAAUGUAUGAAAUAGUAUCAUGUUUUACUAAUAAAGUUUUUGGCUUUCAA